CGGAACACAGCCCAGGCUCUCCAAGGACCAUGUCCAUUACGUCAUCAGCCCACAAAGCUUUGGUACCCUGAGUGUAAAUCAACCAACAUGAGUGUGAAUUAACAGCACACAGGAGGAGCUGUCAUCUAAGUAGGUAGAGGUGACCGCCUUCCUCGGAUGCCAUGGCAGAAGCCGGGAAGCUACCUCCACCACUGCCCCCUCGGCUGGACUGGUUUGUGCACACUCAAGUGGACUCACUGGCCCAAUACGGGAUCCCGGAGUGGUUCCACGGCACCAUCUCUCGAGAAGCUGCUGAGAACCUGCUGGAGUCACAACCUCUGGGGACCUUUCUCAUCCGAGUCAGCCACAGCCAUGUGGGCUACACCCUUUCCUACAAGGCCCAGACCUGCUGCCGUCACUUCAUGGUGAAGCUGUCAGACGAUGGGACUUUCAUCCUUGCUGGGGACCACGUAACCCACGCCUCUCUGGACGCCCUGGUCACUUUCCACCAGCAGAAACCCAUUCGGCCCUACGGGGAGCUGCUGACGCAAGCCUGCGGGCAGAAGGAUCCAGCAAACGUGGACUACGAAAAUCUCUUCCUGUACUCGAAUGCCCUGGCUCAGGAUGCUGAAAGCGGAGGUCGUGGCCCCACAGAUGUACAGAGGCCUUCUUCCUGCCCUCCCGAAGAGGCUCCUCAAAGGAAGCCUUCUGCAGCAACUGAUAGAAAGCUUUCAUCAGCCCCCUGCUCCCCAAAAGCACUUUUUGGGGAGGCAGGACAGAGACUGUGGAAGAACCUGAGGACGCUGCCAGACACCAGCCGGAGGGUAAAACAGAGACUCACUACACACCUGUCGGCCAUGAACCUGCUGGGGGACGUCAGGCGUGUGGCACAGGAUCGCAGCCCUGUGACUCGAGCGUCCAGCUGGGACAGCGCUCGCCACUCCGCGGACCCCUCAGAGCCCCAGGCCUGGAGAAGCAGAGAAGCCACCUUCACAGCCUCUAGGCCUGCCAGCUGGAGGGAGGCGGUCUCAGGGGUCAAGGCUUGGCGUGGAAAGGUGGUGAGGGCCCUGUCGGUCCAGGCAACCAAGCCAGAGCCUGUAGACUUGCCAGAAGCCCAGGACUGGCUACCUGAGGAAUACCUCCCACCACCACCUUUCGCCCCUGGGUACUGACAGCACCCCCCUAUCUUGGAUACCGGCCUCUUCUUUCCAGUCCCCACCCCUGUCCUCACAACUAGAGAGCUGUGUUAAAGAGGUUACGGGG